CCAGAAUGGGCUCAGAACCACACCAGCACUGGUCCACUGAGAGGAUUUUGAGUUGGGCUGGGACCACAUUGAAGGAGGGUCUGAAACUGGACCUGAGUCUUCAUAAAGGACCUAAGACCUUAUGACCUAGGAUCUAAAUCCACAGGAGCCUCAAAACUACCCUCAGCUUCAGGUAUAUUUCAUUUGGGCUGGCAUUCCAUCCUGUGAUGCCCUAUUUUUCCACCUGGCUGCAGUAACAGCACUGACAUAGCAUAAAAAGACAGAAAGGACAAGAUGCCAAAGGCGUCACUUCCAGGUCAGCCUGGCUUAGGAGAACAGCGAGUUUGUGAGGACUUGGAGAUGUUUCUGUCUGAGAAACAACCCCUCUAUCUGAGGGGUCUGCUCCAAGAGCAGAGCCCUCUUUGACACCCAUCAAACACUGGUUUGCCUUGGGGGAAGGCGUGACACUGAGAAAGUGCAGAGCCUUUUGGGGAAGACAAAAAUACCCAGAAUGAGAACGGGGGAAGUCACUGAGCUGCUGGCAGUGUAGCAAGGGAGAAGGACAAAGGGUUAUUGUCAUGGGCAGUCCUGUGCACUGAGACUUUUCAUCCUGAACCCCCUUCCCAAAACAGCUCUGGGGAAUGGGAUGGGAUCCUCUCCGUUUCCUCCAGCACUGAGGGCUGUACAGAUUGAGCAGGAUUUGCUGGAGGGGGAGGUAAGAAAGAGCCUCUUUCCCCUGUUUCCUUCACCACAGACCAUUCCUUAUGUGUCAGUCCAAAAGCAGAGCUCCCUUCUCUUCCCCGAGUAUCAGCAGCAGCUCUGGGUGUGCAGAACGCUCCAAGGCAGCACCUGAGCACCCCGAGAGCUCAGCACAGCUCUGAGCACAUGAGGAGGAGGAGGAGGAGCAGGGGCUACUAAAUGUCAGUGACAUCAGGGUGCCCGUGACCUCCUCAGAGGGGCGCAGGAGGUAUAAAAGCAGAGCUGCCCGAGGAGGGUCCUGCAGGAGAGGAGGCGGCGCUGGGGCCGGGGAUGCUCUCGCUACCUCUGUGACUGGAGAGUGCUGGAACCACACCAUGGAUGGGGGCAAGCAGCUAAAGGUCACCCUUGUUUUCAGCCUGCCGCUCGUUUUUCAGUUCUGUGCCGGGGACAAUGUCACUGAUGACUACGACUCCAACAGCACCAUCGACUACAGCAUGUUUGAGUCCCUGUGUGAGAAGAAGGAGGUCCGUAACUUCCGUGCUGCCUUCCUCCCGGCCAUGUACAGCCUCAUCUGCUUCAUGGGGCUGCUGGGGAACGGCCUGGUCAUGCUCACCUACAUCUACUUCAAGAGGCUGAAGACCAUGACAGACAUCUACUUGCUGAACCUGGCUCUGGCAGACAUCCUCUUCCUGCUGACCCUUCCCUUCUGGGCCACAAGCGCGGUCACGCACUGGCUUUUUGGGAGCUUUGCCUGCAAAGCCGUUUACUGCAUCUGCAAAAUGAGUUUCUUCAGCGGGAUGCUGCUCCUCCUGUCCAUCAGCAUCGACAGGUACUUCGCCAUCGUCCAGGCUGCCUCGGCCCAUCGCCUGCGUCCCCGGAUGAUAUUCAUCAGCAAGGUGACGUGCAUCCUCAUCUGGCUGCUGGCCUUCAUCCUUUCCAUCCCUGAGCUGGUUCACAGUGGUGUGAACUACUCAGAGAACAAUCCCCGUUGUUCCAUCAUUGCUAAUGACUUGCAGACCUUCAACACUGGCAUCAAAGUGUCCCAAAUGGUGUUUGGCUUCUUAAUUCCCCUCCUGGUCAUGUCUUUCUGCUACCUCAUCAUCAUCAAAACGUUGCUCCAGGCCCGAAACUUUGAGAAGAACAAAGCCAUCAAGGUCAUCAUCGCCGUGGUCAUCGUCUUCGUCGUCUUCCAGCUGCCCUACAAUGGCGUCAUGCUGGCCAAGACCAUCUCAGCCUUCAACCAGACCAGCUCGUGUGAGGAGAGCAAGAAGCUGGACGUGGCGGAUGACGUGACCUACACCCUGGCCUGCUUCCGAUGCUGCCUCAACCCGUUCCUCUACGCCUUCAUCGGCGUCAAAUUCCGCACCGACCUCUUCAAGCUGCUGAAGGAGCUGGGCUGCCUGAGCCAGGAGCGCCUCUGGCAGCUCACCUCCUGCCGCGACAACAAGAGGUCCUCCUUCGCCAUGGAGACAGAGACAACCACCACCUUCUCCCCGUGAGCUCUUGGUCGAACUGAAAUGGCUUUAGACAUUUUCUCUAGCCUGAACUCCUGGCAGAACAAGACCUGCCACACUGCAGAGAAGCCGAGGGGAAAAUCCAGAAGCCUCCCCCUGUUUCAAGCAGUGAGGACUGCUGGCCAAUAUCCCACAGGUGGACAGGCUUUACAACGGAGUUGUCACUAACAGCAAAGCAAGGGAGAGGUGGUGAGUCUACAAUUUCUCCUGUCAUUUCACCUUCAGCUUAGAACUUUCCCUGUCAAAAUGAGAAAUGCUCAGAAUAGAACAUUUACCCUAAAAGCGACAAGCACCAAGAGAAAACAGACGCUGGUGCAGCAGGACUGUCGUUUGGAGCUGAGCUGCCAGGAGCAUCACCCUUGCUUUGGAUGUUGCUUUUAACAAGACAACAGCUCUGCAAUCCCAUGGAAAUGCCCUUGCACUGAGCCAGUCCGAGGCCAACCCUCACCCACAGGCUUGAUCCAACACACAAGCCCAGCAGUGGAGUAUCUGAGCACACAACUGCUCUGCCUUCCCCCAUGGAAAGUGAGAGAUGACCACAGCUAAUGCUAAAUCCAUACAAACCCUAGACAUAAUUUCAAUUACUUUGUAUAAUACUGCAACCACUCGUAGCUCUGUCAGGAAAAGUGCAAAUUCUUCUGCCUGUAUGCUGUUUCUGGGCUAUCACCUGCUGACCUUGAGAUAAAAAUGAAUGUGGGUUUUCUCCUCCCUUCCCCAUCCUUCUACAGGACUUCAGCUGCCUUUGAAGUCAGAUCUGUAUUUCACUCAUAAGCUACUGGGGCAUGUUUUGCAUCGGUGCUGUCGGCACCAACAAAGACACGGCUGACUGAGGUUUGAUCUGAACGCAGUCCCACCACUGCCAGGGCCACAGCAGCUGAACAGAUUAUUGUUGUGCAAAGUCAGACCUCGGAGGAGCCCGGACUGUAAUUCCAGUUGGCGCUUUUACAGGAAGAGCGAAGAUUCCUGAUGACAGAUGAACGCUCUGGGAAGUGCUGUGGUGGGACAGGGGAACGUCAGCACAGUCUGUGCAGCUGUCCCUGUCCUUGUCCUGUGUGCUCUGGUCCCACAGCACCCACCUCUCCCAGGGCCAUCACCAGUGGAGAGGGCUCAGCCUGGAGCUGCUCCCAGGGCUGACAGGGGACACAUGUCCAUGUUCCCUUGAACACACAGAGCCAUGAGCAGCAAAACACUCACUAAACAGACAUUUAUCCUUUCCUUUUAACACAUGGAUCCAUCAGGAGUGACACAGAGAACUCCCUGGUUCACGGGUUUGGAGAGGAUUGCUUUAGAGAACUGAGGAUUAAAAUCAGCCUUCCAAGGCAGAAUUCACUGGCUCGGUCUGAGACAGCACUGCCAGUUAUUUACCUGGCUGCCACCAAAUCUAAACAAACUCUCCAUAAACCUCUGGGGUGUGGCACUUUUGCCAAUGGCUGGGAUUUGGGAAGAGAGGACAUUCUGCUCUGUGUUGCAUCAUCUGUGCUCAAGAGUUGAACUCAUUUUCAUUUACAAUGCCCAGGUAACUGUACAGAAGUGCUGCUUCUCUGUCACAUGAAAUGGAGUGACAACUGACACUGAACAGCUAUUUACCCUUGGUUUCCUUCUCAUCCUUAUUUGGGCAAGACCCAGCUAUCAUGAUCUUGGCCAGAGCCAGGGACACCCCCAGCACGGGGUAUUUGCAGUUUUCCUCAUCAGUAACAAUACAUUGUUAAUGUAUAUUCAAUAUGUAAAGCUGCUUUACACAGACAAAGUUCAAUCUGUUCAUGAAUGUACCCUGAGAACACUCUGCUUCCAUGGAACCUUUUUAUGCAGAAUCCAUUCACCUAAUUCCAGCCAGGAAACUGCUCCACCAGCACCUGGAGCUGUACUUGUGUCCUGUAGAUAAAAACCAUUCCCCUCCUGCAAAUGAAGAGGUCUCCAGGUCCUUACAGACCAGAUGGAUUCCAAACAGGAUAACACACAUCUGCUUCCAUAAAUGAGAUGCAGAGGUGCCCUCUGGGACAGCUGCAGAGGUGCCUCAGAGAGGCAGUGGUGAUGUCAGAGUGCCUGGCUUUCCCUGCUUAAAUUUAACGGACAGAACAAAUUUGCAUCUAAUUUAGAUGAGUCAUGUUAAUGUUGGCCUAAAAUCCCAACCUGAAGUUCCCCACUGAUGUCUGAAAACUGACUGUAUUUUGCUACUUGAGAAAAAUAAAUUAUAAUGGUUUAAACAAA